AUGCACUCUCAAUCAUACAACAGCGACACCCAUCCAAAGCGGUCUCUGUCUCAAGCCUCAACAACCACCAGUUCCUCUUGCAGCACUCAACGAUCCGACGAGAAAACCCGCAGCCGCGGCUUCUCCAACCCAUUGGCCUCCAAACUGUUCCGGCCGAAAAGCAACUCCCCUACUCUCAUCGAUAUUCCUAAAACACACAAACGCCAGUCCUCGGCGAGUGUCUCCCAUUCUCGAGACAUUCCUCUUAGCGCCCCAGGACCCUCAUACUUUGAUCCAUACCACCGCUCUCAUAGCCCCGACCAAAUGUCUUCUCACGCUUCUCCCCCCCAGUCUCCCAAGGAGUACACCACUAAGCGAGCAUCAACUCCAACCCGCAAGAACAGCGACGACUAUCGUCGCUACAGUGGUACUGUCAACCACUACGGUCGGCAUUCCAAUGACUGGCUCUUCGGCGGCUUCAGCGUGCGCGAGACUGUUCGCGAUGGCUUUGAGAAGCUCCGUCACCACGACAAGGAGAGCUGA